CAAGUAAAACAACCUCAAAUUCACCAAGAAUUCUUUAUAAAAACAUUUCCGAAUGUGAUACGAAUCUGUUAAAGCUAGGCUCUUGCUACUCGCAAUGGCGUCAGGUGGGUAUCAAAGUCGCUCGCGAGCAUUCACCCCUGUUUAUGAUGUGAUUUCUCCACAGACUGGCGCCAAUUUCAGAAAUGGAUCUUCACACAACAAUACCUCACCACAUUAUUACAAGGGUGUCAAGAACGGCCUCCCUUCAGGCAUUGGCAGGAAUAGUAACCAUGGACCACGACCCGGACAGGCUAUCUGUAUUGGGGAAGAAGUGAAAAUUGCAGUUCAUAUGGCAAUCGAUAACUUCCGCAGUAAUGAAUGCCAGAAAGAGUUGGAGUUUCCUUCUUCCUUGAAUGCUUCAGAGAGGGCUUAUAUACAUCGGCUUGCUGAAAGUCUUGGACUGAAAUCUAAAAGUCGAGGGAAAAAUUCAAAUCGGUUCCUUACUGUUACUAAGAAGAACAACAAUGUCACACAACGCCAAGUUGCCACUUUCAACCUGGAAAAGAACUCAAGACAACACAUAAGAACCCUAAUGCAAAGAUAUCCCCUCACAAACAAAGAACGGCAAGAUUUAUUUCCCAAGCCUGAGAAAUCCUUGGGUGAUGGCAGAGACAUCAUGAAAACUUCAGUUGGUCGCCUCAGUAACGGCGUGCCACAGGUUCCUCCUAAAAGUGGAGAAUCUACAGUGUCAGGACUUCGCGAGACGUUACCCAUCUACCAACAUUCUGAUGAAAUUCUACAAGCACUGGACAGCCACCAGGUUGUGUUAGUAACGGGUGAAACUGGUUCUGGAAAAACCACCCAGGUGCCACAAAUAAUUCUGAAUGACCACCACAAUAAAGGGAAGCUGUGUAGAAUAUUCUGUGCCCAACCACGCAGAAUUGCUGCCUUAUCUAUUGCCGAGAGAGUUUCUGCUGAGCGAGGGGAAAAGAUUGGCCAGAUUGUCGGCUAUCAGAUACGUCUUGAAAGCAAGGUGUCGCCACGAACUUUGUUGAUUUUCUGCACCACUGGAGUAUUGCUGAGGACACUUAUGGGAAGUGAUGCUGCUUUGAACACUGUUACACACAUCAUUGUCGAUGAAAUUCACGAAAGAGACAGAUACAGUGACUUCCUGCUUAUAACCUUACGAGAUGUACUUCCACGUUUCAAGAAUCUGAAGUUGGUUUUAAUGAGUGCAGCAUUAAAUACUGAACUGUUUAUUAAUUAUUUCAGCAACUGUGCUUUCGUAAGCAUUCCAGGAACAUUAUUUGAGGUGAAAGAAUAUUUUUUAGAAGAUGUAUUGAAAUGGACCAACUAUUCCACAAAAGCAAUGGAGAGAUCUAAAAGAGAAUUAUCAAAUGUGGAGAAACAACAGAAGCAAUUAAGUGACUGGUGUAGCAGAAAAUUAAGCCUGACUAACGAAUCUGAAGACAAGCCUUACCGAACUAAAAUGGCUGGUAAAAACUUGGAAGUAUUAGAUAAAGCCCUUGAGAAGUCUGUAGAGGAGAAAGACGAACUUGAACCCUGGUUGAUUAAAGAAAUGGAUCAGCUUCUCACAGAUGCUUGGCUCACUGACAGUGAAGAAGCUUUUGAGCAGAUCUUCAAUUUAAUUAUUAACGAGAGCAUCAGUGUUGACUACAAGCAUUCUGAAACCAGUGCAACAGCGUUAAUGAUAGCCACUGGUCGAGGCUACUUCGAUGUAGUCGAGAGGCUGUUGAGUCUGGGAGCAAGUGUCAAUGUCCAGGCAUCCAACGAUUGGACUGUCUUUGAAUGGGCUAAGAAAUUCCAAAGAGCUGAGAUUCUGGAGCUUCUGGAAAGUUAUCGGAAUUCUCCAGAGGACAAUGUCACAUCGGACACAGUUCUAGUGAAGUCUUCUGAAAAUAUGACACCCCAGGACAGAGAACUUUUGAACAUCUACCACCAGUGUUUUGAUGAUGACAAAAUUGACAAAGAUCUCAUCAUAUGUCUUAUCCAUAAGAUAUGUACUACUUCUUCUGAAGGUGCUAUUCUUGUUUUUCUUCCUGGCUAUGAAGAUAUUGUUGGUGUGAAAGAAAAAAUUUUGGAAGAGAAAAGAUUUGAGAGUAUCAGAUAUAUUCUUUUUAUGUUACACUCCUCUAUGCAGUCACUGGAUCAGAAACGAGUUUUUAAAUCAUCUCCACCAGGAGUGAGGAAAAUUAUUCUCUCAACAAACAUUGCUGAAACAAGUCUCACCAUUAACGAUGUUGUCUAUGUAAUUGACUCAGGGAAAAUGAAAGAGAAAUCCUUUGAUGCAUUUUGUUCUGUGACCAUGUUAAAAACUCAUUGGGUUUCCAAAGCAAAUGCUUUGCAGAGAAAGGGCCGUGCCGGACGAGUUCAACCAGGUGUUUGUUAUCACUUGUUCAGCAGAAUACGUCACGACAACCUGGAACAAUACCAAGUCCCGGAACUGUUACGGUUACCCCUACACGAACUGUGUUUGCAAACCAAAAUGAUUGCACCUUCAAACACAUCCAUUGCUGACUUUCUCUCCAAUGCUAUCCAAGCACCCAGUUUCCUUAUCAUCCGCAAUGCUCUCCAGCUGUUGAAGCAAAUCGAUGCCUUAGAUCCUUGGGAAGAUCUAACUGAAUUGGGCCAUCAUUUGGCAGACUUCCCCAUUGCUCCGUCUCUUGGUAAAAUGGUACUUUAUUCUGUGGUCUUGAAAUGUCUGGAUCCAGUGUUGACCAUUGUUUGUUCCCUUGCCAACAAAGAUCCUUUUUUAAUUCCUGGUCAACCAUCUCAAAGAAGAGCUGCCAAUUUAGUUAGGAAGAAACUAUCUGCCAACACAUACAGUGAGCAUAUGAUUCUACUCAGAGCCUUUCAGGCUUGGCAAAAAGCUCGAACCGAAGGCUGGGAGAAGACCUUUUGUGAGAAACACUUUCUGUCUUCAGCAUCAAUGGAAAUGAUAAUUGGAAUGAGGGCCCAACUUCUUGGACAAUUGCGUGCUUCAGGGUUUGUGAGAGCACGAGGCGGAGGUGACAUAAGAGACUUGAAUAUAAAUUCCGAGAAAUGGUGUGUUGUGAAAGCUGCCCUCUGUGCAGGUUUAUAUCCAAAUGUACUUAGGAUUGAUCGUGUUACAGGACAGUUAUUAUCAGCAAAAGAGAUGAAAAUUCGAUUGCACAAUUUGUCCGUGUUCAGUCCUAAUCUGUCGGCGAGCCAGCGUAACACUGACCUCUCUUCAUUCCCUUCGGACUGGAUUAUCUACGAGGAGAUGUCACGUAACAGUAGUUUGGCCUUUGUACGCUGUUGUACAGUCAUCUCACCCAUCACCGUCGCCUUAUUUGCAGGGCCUGCCAAGUUGUCCCCAGAGGUCAUUAAAGAAGCAGAAAGUGGACAGAUUGAUGAGAGAAAAUGCCAUGAUUUCACCAGGCCCCAUGAUCUUGAUAAUGUCAGUGACAGUGGAGAGGAGGAGAAUGAGGAAAUGAAGAAAUCUUCGCUUCGUCUCGAUGAAUGGUUAUCUUUCCAAGUUGAUUCUGAGAGUUCUUCCUUAGUUCUUCAGUUGAGACAGAAGUGGUACAGUUUGUUUAUCAGACGAAUGCGAGCUCCGUCAAAACCUUGGACUCAAACUGAUGAGGCUAUCGUGCGAUCUAUUGUUGAAGUGUUGGUAACAGAAGAGAGAGAACUUGGCUUGCAACAGCCUGCAGGUAUUGGACAAAGACCCAUUUCAAUGGCUGCGGAAUCAAUUCUCUCUAGUGUUGGUAACCAAAGUUGUAUUGAUUCUGAAGACCAGAAUGACGACCGGUCGCGGAUGGCUAAACGAAGUUCAGCACUAAGUGCAUCUUCCAAAAAGAAAGAUUCCACAAAAUACCGUUGUGAUAACAAAACAGGCAACAACAGCAACCUGUCCCACUUCAACAGUAACCUGAGUUUGAGUGGCAACAUCAACUAUCAAGGUAGUCGACCUAACACCCCAGGUGACACGUCACAGCCUUCAUCCCCUACCAAGCGAUCGGAAAAAGACCCCGGGGCCACGUCUUCACAUCCUUGUCGGAUGUUUCUUAUGAAGUGCAACAACCAGCGCAACUUGGACACCUCAUUCAGCAAGUCCAUCUGGACUACGUCCCCGAAUAACGAGAAGAAACUCAACAAGGCUUUCCAGGAUGGCAAAACGGUCUACUUGAUAUUCUCAAUCCAAGGAAGUGGCUGUUUCCAAGGUUAUGCUAAAAUGUUAUCUACAUUUAGCAAAGAUCGAAGUGCAGAGUAUUCUAUGCCAGGCCUAGGUGCUACCUGCACGGUUGAUUGGUUGAAAAGGGGAAACAUUCCCUUCCACAAUGUCCAGCAUCUUUCAAACCCUUGGAACGACAACAAGAGGAUACAAGUGAGCCGUGAUUGUCAGGAAAUCGAGCCAUUUGUUGGUGAGACUCUACUAAAACAGUGGGAUAAAUUAGGUCCUCACUACAGCCAGAAGCGGCCGAUAACGAAGAGCAGUUUAGAGAACAGCAGCCACCACAAUAGCAACAAACCACUGUAUACGCAGGCAAACAACUUGCCAAACACUGCUCUGACACUCUCUGCUGGCCUCAAUGGUUGCCCUGAACCUGGAGCUUACAAUCUCACUGGUGGAGACAUCUUCUCAAACCCUUUCCAAGGCGGGCCGAUGAACGCGAAGGGCCUGGUUGCAGGCUCGAAACAGAGCAGCAACAUCAACCAGUUCCUCGGCCCGCACAGCUUUGGCAUGUCUGGUAAUGCAAACAUGCUGAAAGGUGGCGGUAGUGGUGGUGGCAAAGGUGGUCCUUCUUCUUCUGCUAAUCAUCACUAUAGCAACAAACAUGGAAAUGGUAACUAUGGCAACGCCAGUGGUAGCAGCAACAGUGGCAGCAGCAUCGGCAACAGCAGCCACCAUCACAACAAUAACAACAACAACAACAGCAGCAACAACAACAACAACAACAAUAAAUAUCUGUAUCGAGGCGGAGGCGGAGGCAACAUGGCAAACUCUGCAUCUCACCCGUGCCACUCCGGUGGCCACCUCCUCGGCAUCUACCAGGGCCACCGCCAUCAGAACAUGAUUGGCGGCAACGCAGCAGCAGCAGCGGCGGCGGCCGCAGCAGCAGGCCUGAACCCCAUGUACAUGACUCCCAUGAUGCAGACCCAAGCGCCACCACCGAACCAUGCCACAAGCUUGCCUUCGUCUCGGCACGGCAUGUCCCCCGUCGUGAUCCUACAGCGAGGCAACACCACCACAGCAUCCAACAGUAGCAACAGCAACAACAACAACAACAGUGCUAGCAGUGGUCAACAUGGUAGCAACCAAUCCAAAAUGGACAGCCAUUCCAUGUUCUCCAAUUCUUAGUAAUUCUGAGAAUUGGACUACAAGAGAAUAGAUACAUGUAAAUGUGUGCGAGUGUGUGUGUGUAUAUAUAUGUGUGUGUGUGUGUGUGU